CCGGAAAGCGGCGAUGGCCCGAGGCCGCCUCUCCUCGCCUCGCCUCGACAGUCCCCCGGCUGCAGCUGCCACCGCCGCACCUGCACAGAGCCACCGCGACGCGGCUGUGUUUCACAGAGAAGAGCUGAAUGGUAUGCUAGAAAAAUAAAUGAAGGAAGUUCUCAACAGGGCUACUGCUUUCAGAAAUAAACCACUGAAUGCCUUAGUGCCAAUCAAUUGUUAGAGAGUGCACAUUAGCUGUGACACUGAUGCAGCAUUUAUUAUUGAUGACUUGUGUGCUGUAAACAAUAACAGGAUUGAUAAGACUUCUAUGAACAUCAGGUACAGAAAAUGUCAGAAGACAAGAUACUUUCAAUUGAAGAAGUAAAGGAUGAUCUACAGUCCUUGAGGAAAUGGAUAUCUGGAGAGAAGUAUGCACCAAAUAAAGUUGAUGAUAAAAUACUGUACCUUAUACAUCAUAGCUGCUAUUAUGAUUUAGAUAAAACAAAAGAUACAAUCAAAGUGUACUUCUCAAUGCGAAACAAGAUUCCAGAGUUCUUUGCUGAUAGAGAUGUUAACAGGAAGAAUCUUCAAACAGCAUUAGAAUCUGUGUAUGUAAAUACAUUUCCUGCAAGAGACCCACAUGGUUAUCGGAUACUGUUCCACAGUCUUCGACUCUAUGAGCCCUCUAAGUACUUCUUUUCUGAUUCUGUCAAACUCAUAUACAUGACGAUUGAUGCUUGUAAUCACCUAGAUGGUGCCCUCCCCGGAUACAUCAUUAUGUUUGACAUGGUAGGAGUGAAACUUGGACAUAUCGCACGAGUGAACCUGUUACUACUUCACAAGUUUUUCCAGUAUGUUCAGGAAGGUCUGCCUGUCAGAUUAAAAGCAAUACAUAUUGUGAAUGUGAUACCAGUUAUUGAUAAAAUAAUGCUCCUUAUUAAGCCCUUCAUGAAGAAGGAAUUAUAUAGUAUGAUCCAUUUUCAUAAAACAGCAGACAAUUAUGAUGCACUGUAUGAACACUUGCCACGAGAAUGCCUUCCUUCUGAUUUUGGAGGGCAACUGGCUAGUUUAAAUGAGUUACAGGAACAAAACAUUGAGAGACUGCGGGCCCUAGUUCCUUUUUUCAAAGAAGAUGAAAGCAUGAGGUUAAAUAAAUCCAAAGCUAUGGAUGAACCACCAGAACCUGUUACACUGGAUGCACUGGAACUGGACUGACCACAACUAGAUUACUGUACAUCUCUGAACUUAACAUUUUAUCAACAGUCAUCUGUGAUCUUACCUGCUAUACUUAAGGAAACAAACCUGUAGGAAUGUGUUGAAAAUGAUACUGUUUUAUACUAUGUGCAAUUUGCUUUAAGAAUGCUGUUCAGAAAGUGAGGAAAAUGUAGAAGCAGAUACUUGUCAGAAGUACUGGGGGUUCCAUAUUCAAAUAAAAAGAUCAAAGGAAUAUUUAGUGCGCCCCUGAUCUACGUUUAGCAGUAAAUUUUGUUGCAUACUUCGCAUUAAUUUUUCUCAGAUGAUCAGCAGGGGUGGUAUGAUAUUUUCAGGUUAUGUAAGAUGUUUGUUAGUUAUAGCUCAAAUUAAAGGAUUCUGUUUGAGUUUAGGCAAUCUGAUAACAUUCAAAAUUCUGGAUACAUAUAAUGGAACAUGUUAAGAGUUCCCAACUCUCACUACCUACACUAAGGAGAACAGUUUUUGUCUUACUUAAAUAACAGUGAUAACGGUAGCUAUUAUCGUCCAAUAAAAUCAUGUACUGUA